GCUCCGGACUCUACCCCCGCCGCCGCCGCCGCCGCCGAUUCGCCGUCGUCCGCCCCCGGCCGAAUCGAGAAGCUCCCGGCGGCCGGCUCGCGCGGGUCCCGUCGGAGCCUCUUCGGGGCCCCGCGGCGGAUCGUCGCCCGACGAACACUCCUCGAUCUGGUUCCCUGCCGAGGGUUCGGGUUCGGGUUCGGGGCCUGGUUUGGGAUCGACUGAAUUCCGACCUCGGUCCUGCGGGCAGGGGAGGCUUGUCGCUUUCCUGCGGGGUUCCAUGGGUUCCAAGCCAUGGCUGUACCCGGCUCCGACCUAUCGGAACUUGGAGACCUACUGGGACACCGACGAGGACGCCCCCGGCUCCCGCGUGGCCCACACCCUCACCGCCGUCGCCGCCACCAAGUCCCACGGCCCCCGCCUGAUCCUCUUCGGCGGCGCCACGGCCAUCGAGGGGGGCGCCGCCUCCUCCGCCCCGGGCAUCAGAUUAGCCGGAGUCACGAAUUCAGUACAUUCUUACGAUGUUCUCACCAGGAAAUGGACAAGAAUGAAACCUGCGGGUGAGCCGCCGUCUCCUAGGGCGGCACACGCGGCGGCUGUGGUAGGCACUAUGGUUGUCUUUCAGGGUGGCAUAGGUCCUGCUGGGCAUUCCACGGAUGAUCUUUUUGUGCUAGACUUGACAAAUGACAAGUUCAAGUGGCACAGGGUGUUGGUGCACGGGCAGGGUCCAGGGCCUCGAUAUGGUCAUGUGAUGGACUUGGUUGCUCAGAGAUAUCUUGUUACUGUCAGCGGCAAUGAUGGAAAAAGAGUUCUUUCGGAUGCUUGGGUACUGGAUACUGCCCAGAAACCUUAUGUUUGGCGCAAGCUCAACCCAGAAGGUGAUAGACCUUCAGCAAGAAUGUAUGCAACAGCUAGUGCACGAUCAGAUGGCAUGUUUUUGCUUUGUGGUGGAAGAGACUCCUCAGGGGCACCACUGGCCGAUGCUUAUGGCCUGCUUAUGCAUAGGAAUGGUCAAUGGGAGUGGACUCUUGCUCCUGGGGUAUCGCCUUCGCCACGGUACGAACAUGCUGCGGUCUUUGUUGGUGCUCGGUUGCAUGUCACAGGAGGUGCAGUCAAAGGAGGACGUGCGGUGGAGGGUGAAGCAGCUAUAGCAGUUUUGGACACCGCUGCUGGAGUUUGGCUGGAUAGAAAUGGACUUGUAACUUCGUCUCGCACUAGCAAGGAUCACUCUCAGUAUGAUCCUGCAUUGGAGCUUAUGCGCCGUUGCCGCCAUGCAGCUGCGGCUAUUGGUGUUCGCAUAUAUGUCUACGGUGGUCUUAGAGGAGAUAUGCUGCUUGAUGAUCUUUUGGUCGCCGAAAAUUCGCUGUUCCAGUCGGAUAGUGAUUCUCCAAUGUUAACAUCGGAGAGGGCCUCACCUAUCGGUAGUCCAAAAUUUAAUGCAUCUAUACUUGCUCCUGCAACAUCUCCAACUUCAGAUAGUGCACUAGAUAUUUCAUCUGGCAGCACGGGUUCCAGCAUGGACAAAAACUCGAUGGAAAAACUCAGGGAGGCUUCUGCUGCUGAAGCUGAGGCGGCUAAUGCUGUCUGGCAAGCUGUUCAAUCGGCAUCUUCUGUCCCUGCAGAAGAAACAUCAGUAUCAGAUGAAAACUCUCAAGCAACUGAAACUGCUUCAGAUGGUAGUGACACUGAGGGAGAUGUUCGUCUUCAUCCUAGAGCUGUGGUAGUUGCUAAAGAGGCUGUAGGUAACCUUGGUGGAAUGGUAAGACAGCUAUCACUGGAUCAAUUUGAAAAUGAGAGCAGACGGAUGGUUCCGAUGAAUAAUGAGCUGUCAUAUCCUACAAAAAAGUUCACCAGACAAAAAUCUCCUCAAGGCUUGCAUAAGAAGAUUAUAUCCACUUUGCUUCGGCCUCGAAAUUGGAAAGCUCCUGCUAAUAGGAGGUUUUUCCUGGAUUCUUACGAAGUUGGGGAGCUCUGUUAUGCUGCAGAACAGCUUUUCAUGCAUGAGCCAACAGUUCUUCAGUUAAAAGCUCCAGUUAAAGUAUUCGGUGACCUACAUGGUCAAUUUGGUGAUCUCAUGCGUUUGUUUGAUGAAUACGGGUUUCCUUCCACUGCAGGAGAUAUAACCUAUAUUGACUAUUUGUUUUUGGGAGAUUACGUUGAUCGGGGACAGCACAGUUUGGAGACUAUAACUUUGCUUCUUGCUCUUAAGAUUGAAUACCCAGAAAAUGUUCACCUGAUACGAGGAAACCACGAGGCAGCUGACAUAAAUGCGCUUUUCGGUUUUCGUCUUGAAUGCAUUGAACGAAUGGGAGAAAAUGAUGGAAUAUGGGCAUGGACACGGUUUAAUCAACUUUUCAACUGUCUUCCGCUUGCUGCUCUCAUAGAGAAAAAGAUAAUCUGUAUGCAUGGUGGCAUAGGAAGGUCUAUACAUUCUGUAGAACAAAUUGAGAAGCUUGAAAGGCCAAUAACAAUGGAUGCCGGAUCCAUAAUAUUGAUGGACCUUUUGUGGUCUGAUCCAACAGAAAAUGACAGUGUAGAAGGUUUGAGGCCAAAUGCUAGAGGGCCAGGCCUUGUCACAUUUGGGCCUGACAGGGUCACAGACUUCUGCAAGAAAAACAAAUUACAACUUAUCAUAAGGGCCCAUGAAUGUGUUAUGGAUGGGUUUGAGCGGUUUGCUCAGGGACAGUUGAUUACCCUCUUUUCUGCAACUAACUAUUGUGGAACUGCAAACAAUGCUGGAGCAAUAUUAGUUGUUGGAAGGGGUUUGGUUGUCGUUCCCAAGUUGAUACAUCCCCUGCCACCUCCCCUUCAAUCACCGGAGACAUCUCCGGAGCGUGUCAUUGAGGACACCUGGAUGCAGGAACUCAACAUUCAAAGACCACCGACACCUACCAGGGGUCGUCCACAGCCCGACCUUGACCGAAGCUCCCUUGCAUAUAUUUGAUUUCGGCCAAAUAGUGUGGAGACACUAAAUCUUCGUUGCUGGAUUAGCGGGCUUAAUUUACAGCUUGUCAUGGUCAGGCAGACCAUUCGCCACCCUAGGGCAUGUGGUAGACUUGUCUACUGUGGAAUAUGACAAUUGGGCUUGUUUGUUGCAUAGGUGUAUACAUAGCUUGAGAGUGGUAGCAAAUUUUACCAGUUAUUGUUGAGUGUUUCUCUCUUUUUUUCCCCACCCUCUUUUUUCCCACCCGCAUUGAGAUUACCACAUGUACAUGUAUAUUAGGUCUUUGUAAGAGAUGAGGAAGAUAAAGCUCAAUACAGGGUUAGCCGUGCCAGUGGUAUUUACUAUUGUAAUGUAAAUGCUUCUCUGAUUUUGAUGAUUUAAUCUUAAAUUCAUGUCUUUUUUGAAAA